AUGCGGAGCCACGUCGGAGGGGUUAAAGGAUGUAACACGGAGUGGGACGAGAUCGGCUGCUGGCUGACAGCUGAAGUCGGGCAGGCAGUCAACAAAUCCUGCUCGGAGGUCUUCCAGCAUUUCUCCAGCGAUCAAGGGUACGUCUACAGGAACUGCACGCCUCGUGGAUGGUCAGAAGUGUUCCCCCCCUACGACCAGGUCUGCGUUUUCAGCGACGACAGCGAGCAGGAAUCCGAGACGAGUUACCUCUCCACGUUCAGGCGGGUUUACACCGUGGGCUACGCCACCUCGCUCAUCUCCCUCAUCUCGGCCAUAGUGGUGUUCACCGCCUUCAGGAAAUUCCGCUGCACUAGAAACUACAUCCACGUCAACCUCUUCUCCUCCUUCGUCCUGAGAGCCAGCGCCGUCUUCAUCAAGGACACGGUGCUGUUCGCCGACGAGACUCUGGACCACUGCUCCGUGUCCACGACGGCGUGCAAGUCGGCCGUGGCUUUCUUCCAGUUCAGCAUCCUGGCCAAUUACUUCUGGCUGCUGGUGGAGGGCAUGUAUCUGCAGACCCUGCUGGCCCUGACUUUCGUCUCUCAGAGGAAAUACUUCUGGUGGUACAUUUUGAUCGGAUGGGGGCUCCCAUCAACAGUUCUUAUACUUUGGGUGUUGACCAGAUUCUUCUAUGAUGACAGAGGUUGCUGGGACGACACAGACGACGUUGCUAUUUGGUGGAUUAUUAAAGGGCCGAUAACCGCAUCGCUGCUGAUCAACAUCGUCAUCUUCAUCAACGUAAUCCGGAUCCUGGUUCAAAAGCUCCAAUCUUCAACCACAGCGGGGAACAAUGACACCGGGCACUUUAUGAGACUGGCCAAAUCCACGCUGUUCCUCAUCCCUCUGUUUGGGAUGCACUACACGGUGUUUGCCUUCCUGCCCGAGAACACGGGCGUCGCGGCCAGGCUCUACAUCGAACUGGGCCUGGGAUCCUUUCAGGGUUUCGUGGUGGCGCUGCUCUACUGUUUCAUGAACGGGGAGGUCCAAUCAGAGCUGCGCAGGUUGCUGUGGAAGUGUCGCAGUCAAAAUCACCUCACGUCGGCCAAGCGAAGCGUCACCCAGGUGACGGUGGAAGCGCGCGGGGGCCUCAGGCGGCCUCCUUCUGCCGGAAACGUCUCCUCAGUCUGACGCCGAGGAGUCGCGCCAAUGGUGACAACAACUCAAGGACC